CCCCCUCCAAUUCUCCCCGCAUUAUGAAAAAUUUUAUUUCCUUUUUUCCUUUACGACUAUGUUCCGUUCACAACUUGCUCGACUUUCUUAUGCCUCAGUUCAAAGAAUAUCCUUGAAUACUCGCCAUAUUACUCCUCGAGUUAUUCGUCCUGUAUGCCAAAGACUCUAUUCAGAUCUUGUUCCUGAGACACACAAAAGGUCCUUUGGCCAGCCUACACCUAUAACACAUCCUAACAUAAUGAAAAAGGGCGAGGUAACACCAGGUCUUCCUGCUGAUGAAUUUGAAAGAAGACGAUCCAAUUUGAUGAAAUCAUUACCCAAAGGUAGCACCGUUGUUAGUUUAGGCUAUAGUACUCGAUACAUGACAAACAAUAUCUUUUAUCCUUUUCAUCAAAACACUGAUUUUUGGUAUUUGUGUGGAUUCAAUGAACCUGACGCUGCGAUGAUAUUAGAAAAGGACGACUCAUUGGACCGCGGAUACAAACAAACCAUGUUUGUUUUACCCAAAAAUGCUAAUGCCGAAUUAUGGGAUGGACCACGCACAGGCAUUGAAGCUGUCAAGGAACUUUUCGGCGCUGAUGAAGCUUAUGAAAACUCGAAAUUUCAGCAUCACUUAAAGAAUGUAUUAGGAUCUUCAAAGCAUAUAUUUAUGGAUAAACCAGGCAAUAUUCCUACGCUAAUUACUAACGAAAAUACCAAGAAGUUAAUAGAAACUGGACUAAAAAUACAGACUAUUUUACCAUUAAGCAAGGUGGUACAAGAGUUGAGAAUGAUCAAGAGCUCUAAUGAAUUGGAAAUUAUGAAGCAAUCAGGCAUGAUUUCUUCCAAAGCAUUUAUUGAGGCAAUGAAGUGGACGAAACCUGGAAUUACUGAAGCCCAAUUAUGGGCAAAAUUUGACUUUGAAACUCGUGUAAGAGGAUCAAGUAUUUUAGCCUAUGUUCCUGUCAUUGCGGGAGGACCCAAUGCCUUGUCUAUGCAUUAUGUGCGAAAUGAUAUGGAACUCAAGAAUGGGGAUUUAGUGUUAGUGGAUUGUGGUGGCGAAUAUAAUGGCUAUGCAAGUGACAUUACUCGUACAUGGCCUGUCAAUGGCAAGUUUACUGAACCACAAAAGGAGUUAUAUCAAGCAGUUUUGAAUGUAAACAAGGCGUGUAUUAAGAUGUGCACAGAAGUGAACAACCUUUCUUUACAUGGUAUUCACUCUCAGUCUGUCAAAUUGAUGAAACAAGAAUUAGACAAAAUUGGAUUUGCAGUGUCUUCUUGGGAUCUUGAACGCAUUCUUUAUCCUCACCAUGUUGGCCAUUAUUUGGGACUGGAUGUCCAUGACUUGCAUGAUUUGGAUAGAUCACGUAAAUUGAAAGAGAAUAUGGUUGUUACUAUUGAACCAGGCAUUUACGUUCCUUUCGAUAACAAAUUCCCUAAAAAAUACCAAGGUAUUGGUAUUCGAAUUGAAGACAAUGUUGUCAUUGGCAAACAAGAACCUUAUGUCCUUACAGCUACUUCACCAAAAGAAAUUGUAGAUAUUGAAUUUUGUUGCAGUAAUCACUAAUUUAUUUAAUAC